CUGUACGACUCAGAGCCACAGUGAAACCAUCUAUUACUAAACGGAUAUGCGAGACAAUGCACGAAAGAGCCUAGCUAGGGCUCGAUCCUCCGCACGAACGAUCGGAAGUAAAGUGCUGACGCCGACACGCAGGCUAUUAGGGAUGACGUACAGGAGCGGAUGGUUCUUUGUGCUGCAAUAUUCGCUAACUCCUUACGCAAUAGUAUGCAAAGCCUACAUGGUAUUUUCAUUGUUAUUUGUCUCUGUUGGUAAUCGUCGUCUGGCAUGUCCGGGAUGUCGGGAGGUCACGAGCGUCGACUUUCCGCAUUACCCGCAAAGGCCAUCAACUGCGGCUUUAACACUCUUUCCGAUAUCCAUCUUGAAUUCUAAUAUCGCCGGUAACAAUGUGUGAGGAAUACGGAUGUUGCGGUACGAUGCAUGGGGUACAGAUUACGAUUCUUUCAAUCAUGACUUCAACGUCGUUUGAGGGGUAUACAUUUAAAUUA